CCCGUCCACGGGGACUCUGGAGGGAUGUGGCACCUGCUCCCUGGGCGGGGACCGCUCUUGCCUGGUGACCCCUCCUGGUCUCCGUGGCACAGAGGUGUUCCGGGGACUCCUCUGUGGGCAGUGCUGUCCCCCUGCCUGUGGAUGGUGGGCUGGCUCAAUGACCCCUUCCCAGCCCCCAGCAACAUGGGGCAGCCACAUCAGGGCUACGACGCGGGCCUCUGAGCUUCGUGGCCCACCCCUGAGGAGAGCCGGGGCUGAGGCUGGCCCUGCCCCCGCAGUAGGGGAUCCUUUAGCCUUUGUUGGGCCCCAUCCUUGUGCCAUGUGGCCAUGGCUCCGGAGUGACCUCCCUGGCAGGGACCCUGCGGCCCCUCCGCUAAAGGCAGCCUCUUGCCGGAGGAGGCUGGGUGCUGACCAGUCUGCCCGCAGCCCCUCACCCGGCGACCCCGGGCGGGCGGGGAGGAGGGGCCUCCAGCUGAGAAGUGGGGAGGAGGAGAGCGGAAGGAAGCCCGGGGCCUCUCCGGGAUCGCCCCGGCGGGUCGGGACGGGACGCGGCCCGUGGUCCAGGGGCGCUGGGCAGGCAGCCAGGGCCGGCACUGGCCAGAUGGGGGCGAGCGGGCCCUGCGGCCCCCGGGGAGGGGUCCGGCCGGCGUCGCAGGGGCGAGCGGCCGCGGGCGGCGAGGUCCCUCCCGGGAGGCGGGCGCGGGGGAGGCCGCGGGGGGAGGGGGCCGGAGCCGCGCCGCGCGCAGAGCGGGAGGCAGAGCCGAGGGCGGAGCGGAGCGCGGCGGGCGCGGCGAGCGCGCGGGCCGGGCGGCCGAGGACCCCGGGAGCGCCGCGUCCCCUGCCCCGCGCCGGCCCCGCGCCUCCUCCCCGGCCGGCGGCGGUGGGUGCGCGGCGGGCUGACCUCUGCAGAGGCGGCGGGGGCUCAGCAUCGGGCCGGGGCCGGGGGGGCGCCGGGGCCGGGGGGCGGCGCUCCGGCCCGGCCCGGCCCCGCCCGAUGUCCAUGAGCGCCAACACCAUGAUCUUCAUGAUUCUGGGGGCGUCGAUCGUGAUGGCCAUCGCGUGCUUGAUGGACAUGAACGCGCUGCUGGACCGAUUCCACAACUACAUCCUCCCGCACCUGCGGGGCGAGGACCGCGUCUGCCACUGCAACUGUGGCCGGCACCACGUCCACUACGUGAUCCCGUACGACGGGGACCAGUCUGUGGUGGACGCCUCCGAGAACUACUUCGUGACAGACAACGUCACCAAGCAGGAGAUCGACCUCAUGCUGGGGCUGCUGCUCGGCUUCUGCAUCAGCUGGUUCCUGGUGUGGAUGGACGGCGUCCUGCACUGCGCCGUGCGCGCCUGGAGGGCGGGCCGGCGCUACGACGGCUCGUGGACCUGGCUGCCCAAGCUGUGCAGCCUGCGGGAGCUGGGCCGGCGGCCACACAGGCCGUUCGAGGAGGCGGCCGGGAACAUGGUGCAUGUGAAGCAGAAACUCUACCACAACGGUCACCCGAGCCCGCGGCACCUCUGAGCCGCGCGCAGGACUCGCGGGGCCGCCGGCCACCGCGCCCACGCUCACGGGACUGGACGGCCGGCCCGGGCCAGGGCGCCCGCGGCCGUCGGGCGCGUCCGGCGGAAGGUGCUGUCUCCUCUUCUUUUUAUAAAGGGGGUCGGGGUGGGGCCGGGGCGGGGGCGCGGGGACAGCGGCACCGGGGGCGCGGGUGGGACCGCCCGCCCAGCCCAGGACCACGUCCGCCGCUGGAAACCGGCGGCUUCCUGUGCGCCCGCGUCUGUCUCUCCGUCCGUCCGUCUGGUUUCCGGAGCCGGAGCCAGUUCUGCCGGAGGCGAGCACGGCCGGGAGCCGGGUGCGCCCACGUCUGCACACGGGGGCACGUGCAUGAGGCGUGUGCGCCCGCGGCCCGCAGUGGGGGCGCGGGCAGGGGUCCGGGGGAGGCCCGGGCCCAGCAAUAAGGCUUCUGAGCCCCGCGGCGGCAGCCCGGGUCGGGCGCCUCACUGUGACUCCCACCCCUGCUGGUCAGUAAAUUCUCUAGAAAGCUCCA